UUAAAUCAACACUAGACCCCUCAUUUGAUUUCUGCAUACCUUGUUUGCUCAUUUGUUCUCACAAUCUACAGUAAUGGCAGAGGUAGCUCUUUUAACUCUAAUUAAAUUGGUUUGUGAGAAGUUGGGUUCCAGAGUACUCGAGGAGCUCGGUGCUCUGUCCGGCGUUGAGAAGGAGUUCAGAAAGCUGGAGAGCACUCUGUUGAUAAUCCAAGACGUGCUUGAAGACGCUGAGGUGAGACAGGUGAAGGAGAAGGCAUUAAAGAGAUGGCUGAGAAAGCUCAAAGAUGUGGCUUUUGAUAUGGAUGAUGUCUUGGAUGAAUUCAUGGCUGAAGCUGAGAAGCGGAAGAUGGAGAAGGGAAUGAAGGCAAAACUGCGUAACUUUUUCAUCUCAGCCCCAAAGUUUCGUUAUAAAAUGGCUGGCAAGAUGAAGGAGAUCAUGAAGCGGUUGAAUGAGAUCAAUGAGGAAAGGUCUAAGUUUGAUUUGAGAGAAGGUAUUGUCAAAGAAGAGAUUAGUGAGAGAGAAGAGACUGGUUCGUUCGUUGAAGAAUCAGAAGUCUAUGGAAGGGUUGAAGACAGGGAGAAGAUUGUGGAUUUUCUGAUCAACUCAUUGUCAUCAUCAUCAUCAAGUGAAGCUUAUCUUGAUGUUAAACCCAUCGUUGGAUUAGGAGGAUUGGGCAAGACCACUCUUGCACAACUGGCCUUUAAUGAUGAGAGGGUAUGCCAGCAUUUUAGGAAAAGGAUAUGGGUCUGUGUUUCUGAUGAAUAUGACGGCAAGAGGCUGGCAAGAUCAAUUAUAGAAUCCAUCACUGGGACUGAGUAUAAUCUCAAAGAUAUGCAUUCGUUGCAGAGGAAUCUAAGAGAAAAGCUCAGAGGAGAGAGGUUCUUGCUUGUUCUGGAUGAUGUAUGGAAUGAGGACCACGAGAAGUGGGACAAAUUGAGAACCCUGCUCACUGGUUCUGAAGCGAGAGGGAGCAAGGUCAUUGUGACCACACGCAGUGCUAGAGUUGCUUCCAUUAUGGGUACCGUCUCUCCGCACUUGCUGACCGGGUUAUCAAACCAAGACUGCUGGGUUUUGUUUGAGAAAAGAGCGUUUGGUUUUGGUGGUGCAGUGAAGACACCGAACUUGGUGGCCAUUGGGAAGGAUAUAGUGAACAAGUGCGCAGGGCUUCCUUUGGCUGCCAAAGCUUUGGGAAGCCUGAUGCGUUUCAGAAGAGGAGAAAGGGAAUGGUUGGCUGUGAGAGACAAUGAGAUUUGGAGAUUGCCUGAGCAUGAGAACCAGAUCUUGCCAUCAUUGAGGUUGAGCUACAACCACUUGCCUUCACGCCUCAAGCCUUGCUUCGCCUACUGCUCUAUAUUCCCUAAGAACUAUUCGGUGAGGAAGGAGACACUGGUUCAGUUGUGGAUGGCAGAGGGAAUCUUUACCCGUGAUCACCAUUCAUAUGAAAGUGAGGAUGUGGGGAAUCGAUACAUUGACGAGUUGGUGGCAAGAUCACUCUUUCAAGAAGUGAAUGAAGACACUGAUGGUGUGGUGAGACAGGUAAAGAUGCAUGACCUCAUUCAUGAUCUUGCUCGCUUUGUUGCAGGUGAAGAGGGCUCCAUUGCUGAUGAAGCUUCAGGAUAUGCAUUUCAGCAAGGCUCUAGAUACUUGUCCUUUGUUUAUGACAGACCGAUAUUAGACAGCAAGCCACUACCAUUUCUCAAUGAAACAAACAAGCUGCGCUGCCUCUACUUCAUUGCAAAAGGGAAGAUUAACCAGCAAGAUAUCUAUGACUAUGACUAUGACUCUUUCUCCCUCUCUUCUGAUGAAGAAGACAUGAUAGAGGCGGAUAAUAGGCAAGACCAAGCAUCAAAUCUGCCGGAGCUUAAUGACAUCUUCUCGAGUCUAAAACUUUUGCGUGCAUUGCAUCUGAGCCGCUACCCACUGAUUAAAGAAAUUCCGGUUUUGAUAGGAAUGAUGAAACAUCUGAGGUACCUCAACCUCUCAAGCACCAACCUUGAAGUUGUACCGCCAUGCAUUGGCCUUCUUCAUUACCUCCAGACUUUGAAUCUUUCUUGUUGCGAAUGGCUUUGUAUGUUGCCGGAGUCUAUUGGUCAGCUCUCCAACCUAUCAACCUUGGAUCUCCAGUAUUGCUCAAGUCUGCAAUCCUUGCCAAGUUCCAUUGGUUACCUUGAGAAUUUGAGGAAGCUUGACUUGUCCUUGUCUCAGGAGAUUGAAGCAUUGCCUGAAUCACUGAGCAGACUCUCCAACUUACAAGUUUUGCGACUUGGGCAUUGUUACUGUGUGCGUGAGCUUCCACUGAAGUUGAAGGACAUGAAAAGUCUGAGUCAUCUAGAUGUAACUGGUGUUGCACUGACUUGCAUUCCUGCAGGAAUAGGGCAGUUAACUAGUUUGCGAAGUUUGCCGAUAUUUAUAGUUGGUGGAAGGACUAAUUGCAGUAUCAGAGAAUUGGGCGGGCUCAACAUUGAAGGGGAACUACACAUACAACAUCUUGAGAAUGUUACAGACCCUGACGAGGCAAAGGAGGCCAAUCUGGAAGCGAAGCAGGGUCUUCAGUCACUAAGUUUAUCAUGUGAUGAAAUUGCCUACAGAACACACGGACAAUCCAGUGCUGAUCACUUGCAUGACAUGGCCCCUCAAGCUGGCCUUGCUGAUGGUGUGCUUGAAAAUCUCCAACCAGGCACAAACAUUAGUAAGUUGGUGAUUGAAGGAUAUGUGGGAAAGAAGUUUCCCACUUGGAUGAUGGACUUACCGCUGCAGCUUCCCAAUCUGGUUAAUCUAACGCUAGAUUCAUGCAUUAGAUGUGAGACUCUUCCACCACUAGGACAGCUACCUCAUCUCAAAGUCCUCAAAAUGUUAGAAGAGUGGCGUGGAACAAGUGAAGGAGAGCUCUUUCCGUCUCUUACUAAGUUAGAACUACAUGACUGUCCUAAUCUAAGGUCUCUGCCAUCAACUUUUGCUACUAUUACCGAGUUGAUAAUGGUGAAUGCCAAUGAAAGGGUGCUGCUCAGUGCGUUCCAGGAUGGUGUCUUUCCAAAUUUGGAGGACCUGAGAAUUGGGUGCAGUAAGGAUACCAUUCCUCAAUUGCUUGAACACACGAGGCCCUUGCUAAGGAUUCAAUCGACAUCAGACUGGUGGUUUGACAGAGCCACAGAGCCCUCUCUGGGGCGUUGGUCGGUAGAAGAAAAUGGAGGUAGAUAAUUUAAGUGAGGCUGGUGCUUUAGUGAAUGAGAUAUUUUUGAGACCUUGUGCAGAGAACCGCAUGAGCUAAUUUAUAUACGAACUGUUCGUGUCUUUCAAAUAUAAUUUGUGAUUCAUUUUCAUUUUUUUUUUUAAAAUUAUACUCGAGGUAGUUUAUAAAUAAAUCAAUGCCUCUGUUGGCAUGUG